AUGUUUGGUUGCGCACCCAAGUAUGAGCUGCGUCUCCCUGAGCGGCUGGAACUCCCUUCAUUGGACGAGGUUCGGGCAUCAAGCCAAGGCAACCCUAUUGGACAGGUACCAACACAGCCACAUCCACUAGUGUCACCUCCUCUGACAUUCAGACCUUCCCUCAUGUCAAACCUUCCUUCUUGCCAGUCUUCCCUGACACUGGGUGCCCCUCCAGCGCCCACUCCCAUUCCCCAGACGGUCCCUCUUCCAUCACACAUACCACAGAAGUCUCCCCUGGGGCACCUCAUGUCCAGCACUCUCACUUCUCCUCUCCACGUCCCUCCCAUCCCCACACUCCAGCCACAUGUCCCUCCCCCAUCCCCCUACUCCCUCCUGUCCCCCAUAUCCUCUCCUACUCCACCUGUCAACCCAAGUUCUCCGCAGUGGUUGAAGUACUUCACCCUCCCAUCCUCCGCCCUCUAUGCCUCUCCCACGCUCCAGUACCUGAAUCUCCACCAUUCUGCUCUCCAACCCCAGCAGCCAUCCCCCAUAUCUCCCUCAGGUCCAAUCAGUUACACGGAAACAAAUAGCUCACUCUUCCCACAGUGGGGGGCACCCUAUGCGACGCCUCCCCUUAAAAGCCAGUGCAAACGCAGACUUACACAGACCCCUUUUCCACAGUACAAUCUGGACUUCCGUGGCUUAAGCCCCAGAGGAAGAGGGAACUCACCAUACCGCUCCGACGGAGACGACCUGUCUGGCUCAGGAAACAACUCGGCCACCGGCGGGGGGUCGGGCUCGGAGGGGAACAUAAGUGGAGGGACCCGUCGGGCCCUGGGAGGCAGGGGGCAGAGGACCCCUCUAGCAAACUCUAUGGCUCUGUUCAGCUGUUUUGGGACCAGCAUCGCCACAGCAUGCUGCGUUGUCUCAGAAGCUAGACUGUGCUUCCACAUAGGCUUCUGUUUUGGACAGCAACAAGAACUGUACCACUUCCGCAACCUGGUGAAAAUCUCGGGUAAACAACCAAGAGCAGAAAGUUAA